UUAACUCAACAUCCUUCUAACAAUGUCCUACAUCUACAAUGAUAGUUCUUAAACCCUAAUCCACCUUCUUCCUUACUUCUUCCUAUCCUUCAUACCUCCUUCAUGGACUCUAUCUUCUUCUUGGAAGCUGAAGCUCGCCGCCUUUUUCUUCGUGAUGUCGGCCGAACUCUUGGCUGUCUCUACAUCUCUUUAUGGUAUUACAUCCCUCCACCUUCCAAUUGUCUUGUUUGCAUGGAUGCAUGGUUCCAUGAGGAUGAUGCUACUCAACCUUCUACUACUUCCUUUUUGAGUGUUCCUCAAAGACUCUUUGAUGCUUAUAAGAGAUCCUUUUGUUCCAUCCAAGAUAGUUCUGUUCCUGGUGUUGCCUUCAAACAAGGCCUGCCAUACUUUGAACUAAGGGAAUCAGAGUUAAUCACUUCAGCUUCAUCGCAACUUCAACAACACUUCUAUCAGGAAGCUGGAGUUAAGACUGCUGUUUUUCUUGGAUGCAAUGGAGGAGAAGCUGAAAUUGGAAUGCCUACAUUGCCCAAUAUGAUGAACAUGCAAAUGGAUAUAAGACAAAUUUUCACAGAAUUAAUUCCCACUGAUCUUAGCAAGCCUUCAUCAUCAUCAUCAUCUUCACUGAGAUCACUCUCCAUCGGCAGCCCCGAAUACUCACCUCUCCUUCUCAACAAGCCUUUAACUACUCACUUCGACGAUAAUUUUCGUGAUACCGCCACCAAACAAGCAACUCCACCUUCCUACUUAUUAACGAUGCAAGCCUCCGGCUUCAAUCAAUACCGACAAACUUGGUUUCCAAACCAAUCGAGUGAAGACGACGAAAUGACAAAGGCAAUGCUUGCUGUGAUUUCAUCAUCUUCAUCUUCUUCUCAUCCUCCUCCUCCUCCUCCUCCAAAGUUAAACCAACCAGUUGGUGCAUUUAGACUUUAUAAACCAUCACUUGCUCCAAGAACUGAUCCCAAGAACACCACAUGGCACAGCCAAAAGAUGAUCAAGAUGGCCAUUGCUCUUUCAAAAAGAAUCAAUCUCAUUAAGUUCAAAUCUGCAGCAGUACUCCAAGAUCAAAGGCCAACUAGUAAUCAGUUACAUCAUAUGAUAUCCGAGCGAAAACGGCGAGAAAAACUCAAUGAGAGCUUCCUUGCUCUCAGAAAUCUCCUCCCUCCUGGUUUUAAGAAAGACAAAGCUUCAGUUCUAGCAAACACAAAGGACUAUCUCAACACUCUGAAAGCUGAGAUUUCUGAACUUAAACAAAAGAAUGAAAUACUAGAAAGAAGCUCUUGUUUGCUGAUGAAAUCCCAGAAAAAUGUUGAUGAUGAUUCAAAUGAAAAAUUCAAGGUUCAAAUCACAAGACUCUCUGAAUCAACCUCACAAGGCCAAAGAAUCACCCUCACAAUAGAUGUCAGGGAAGAAUGUGAUAUAAUAGUUUUUCAUCCUUCGGGGUUCUUGAAUGUCUUAAAUCGAUGA